CAGACAUCAUGGCGGCCUCCAUGGGGAUACUUUGACUUAUGUAGCAGGAGUUUGGUGUGCGUCUCACAUGUUGAGAAAGAAGCUUCCCUUCCUGCACAGUCUCCUCUCACCGGUUUCCAGACAUGUCGGUCACCUCGCCGGACAUCAGUAUGACGUCAUCGUGGUGGGCGGGGGUCACGCAGGGACCGAGGCAGCGGCGGCGGCAGCCAGAGUUGGGGCUGAAACACUCCUCAUCACGCAGAAAAUUCACACCAUCGGUGCUCUGUCCUGUAACCCCUCCCUGGGAGGAGUAGGGAAGGGCCAGCUCGUGAAGGAGGUUGAUGCUCUGGAUGGGCUGUGUGGUCGGGCAGGGGACUGGGCUGGGAUUCAUUUCUCCAUCCUGAAUCGUAGAAAAGGGCCUGCCGUGUGGGGUCCGAGAGCCCAGCUGGACCGUCAGCGCUACCGAGACUUCAUUCAGUCCGAGCUGCUGUCCACUCCCAUGCUGACCGUGGUGGAGGGCUCAGUGGAGGAGCUGUUGGUAACAGAACCAAACCCAGAGGAGCCUGGGCACCACAGAGUCACCGGGAUACGUUUGGCAGCUAAUGGCAGCCACGCCAUCUCAGCCAGAUCAGUGGUUCUUACCACUGGUACGUUCCUGUCUGGCUCCCUCUUUGUGGGUCAAACUACCUCCCCCGGGGGUCGGAUUGGAGACGCUCCAUCAAGCGCUGGGCUGUCCCAUACGCUGAGGGAGAGGCUGGGGCUAAGGACAGGCAGACUGAGGACUGGUACCCCUCCCAGGAUUGUGAAGGACUCAGUAGACCUGUCUUUGGCUAAGCUUCACCUCCCCGACAGUCACCCGACUCCUUUCAGCUUCCUCAAUACCCACACCCACUGCAAGCCAGAAGAGCAGCUGCCUUGCUACCUCACCUUUACUACACCGGGUGUGGAGAGAGUGGUGAGGGAGAGCCUUCAACUAAACUGUCACAUACAGCAAGACACCAAAGGUCCCAGGUACUGCCCCUCCAUCGAGUCGAGAGUGCUGCGCUUUCCAGGCCGAAGCCACCAGGUGUGGCUGGAGCCCGAGGGCGUGACCUCUGACCUCCUGUAUCCACAGGGUCUGUCCAUGACAAUGCCCCCUGACAUACAGCUACGCCUCAUCAGAGAAAUCCCUCCCAUGCACAGAGCUGAGAUCCACACGCCAGGUUAUGGCGUGCAGUACGACUUUGUGUGUCCUACUCAGCUGAGCCCGGCGCUGCAGGUGAAGAGCACUCAAGGUCUGUUUCUGGCCGGUCAGAUCAAUGGAACGACGGGGUACGAGGAGGCUGCCGCACAGGGUUUGUGGGCGGGAGCAAACGCUGCCCGCUCGGCGCUCUCCAUGCCCACAGUGACGCUGUCUCGAACAGAGAGCUAUAUUGGAGUUCUCAUUGACGACCUGGUAAGUCGAGGCGUGACAGAGCCUUACCGCAUGUUCACCAGCCGGGCCGAGUUUCGAACUUCUCUAAGGCCGGACAACGCCGACCUCCGCCUGACCCCGAAGGAGAAAAAGAAGGAAACGCACAGAAACCAGCGACACAAGGAGGCGCGGAGAGAUGAUGAGCUGUGUGCAAACAGUGCCUCUUUGCCUCAGUGA